UUCCUCCCCAAGCCCCUCUCCAGCUUUACGCGUCUCCAGGCUGUAACCUAGAUUUUCACCAAACCUUUCUCGCGCUCAUUCGAGCCCAAAGGAUCAUAGGAACCAGCGAUCCAGUAACGGGAUCGAACCAGCCGGUGGUCCCGGUACUGAUGAGGAGGGAGAGGGGGGCCAGCAAAUGGAGCCCUAGAAUAAAGCUGGGAGUCGGAGCUCCGCAUCAUGGGGAUCUGCGCCUCCAGCGCCGCGUCUCAUUGUCCGGAGAGGAAGAGUCUGCGCGGGGUUCUUUGUUUAUACAAGCGGCUCGGUUCUGCCGUCCAGCCCGAACCGGUGCGUUACGCACGGCGCGCUCUCCAACACGCACUUAUCGCGUUUUUCCGCUACUCUUAUCGCCGAUCGAGGCGCCGAUUCUCACAUUUUUUCCCUCCUUCGCGUCCUGGGAGAUGCUGGAAGUGAUUCACAUUCAGAGGAGAAUCGGGUUCGGACUUUCUGGGGGGUCCAGUCUCCUCCCGGAUGUGUGUGUCGGCGGAGCUGCCGGGGCUCCGGUUCGGAUGUGGAGUGAAGUUGAUGCGUUUGAAUGGAGCGCGGAGCGGCAGGAGGUGCGGAAUUCACGCUGUCAACUUUCACCUCCUCCAGCUUGUUGGUUCUUGUUGGUCCGUCUCUGGUUCGGUGUGUGACCCAGUAGACACCUGCCGGCCGCCGCAGUCCGACCCGGUUUGUUUACGGACCGGUUCGGGUCGCCGCGCGGCUUCCGCUUCUUCUUCAGCGUUUUUUUCUCUUGCAGCGUUUCGAUUGUAUCUCCGGGGGGAAACUUUUUCUCUCAUUUUGUAACCUUCUUCAUUGUGUGCGCCUGCGUGCGUGUGCGCGGGCGCGCCGUGGAGGUGUGAUGUGACGGCGCUGGUUUUCCCCUCUUUGUGGUUUUCCCUCCUCCGUUCCGACUCGGAGCCCACUUGUUUUGGCUUCAGCCGGACUUUGGUUCUGGUUUGGUGAAACUUUAACCGGUUCUGGUCGAGCCGGGGGUGCGUGCCGUGUUUCCGCGGCAGCGGCGGCGGUGGCGGGGCGCGCAGCGGGGAAACGGCAGCGCAGCUCCGGCUGUUGAUGAAUGAACAUCCGGACGGAGGCAAAAAGGGGAAAGUUCGGCCCGGUACUGGGCGUUAUAAUCCGGGGGGCGCCUGCUGCCUCUAUUUUUAGUUCUGGAGCAUUUUUACGCACACGCGUCUUUUUACGCGCGGCGCGCAGCACGCGCUCUCCGGCGCUUCUAAACAGCUUAAUGGAUUCCAACCAAUGAGAUUAUAUUAAGCAAUUAAUCAAUAACUGUAUAUGCAGUGGGUGCGUGGGCGCGCGUGUUGCGGGCGCGCGGGGGGGGGAGGAGCGUGUUUCCGGUGAAAGUGUUUGUGUGGACGCGGUUUAACGGCGCGUUUCGGUUCCGUUCGGACCCGCAGCCUUUGCCAUGUGUCGUCUUCUAUUGUCCUCCGUUACAACAAGCGGCCAGCAGCAGCAGCAGCGUGCGUCGCUCUCCUCCGCCUCCUCUUCAUCACCCUCCUCCUCCUUCUGCGCCCUCCUGUGUUAUUUUAAAUCGAGCAAUGCAUCCUGGGUAUCGCAGUGCUUCUCCCGGGCGUGUCUCGUGACAUGGCAGCAAUGGCAGCCGGGCUGAGGACUACAAUACCCAGAGUUCCCCUGGGGCCACAUCAAAGUAUCAGAUUACAACACAUUAGAGCGGAUGGAGGGGGAGGAGGCAGGGGAGGAUCUGCAGAGGAUCUGCUGGCUAACCGGGCUGAACAAUGUGCAGCUGACCUGAAGGAGAAGAAGCUGGCAGAGGAGAAGGAGAACGGCAAGGAUGCUGCCACCAACGGGAAGGAGAACGAGGAGAACGGCGAGCCGGAGGUAGACGAGGAGGAGGUGGAUGAGGAGGAAGAGGAAGAGGAGGAGGACGACGGAGAAGGAGAUGAGGAGGACGAGGAAGAUGAUGAAGACGAGAUCGAGGGCGGCACAAAACGGGCAGCUGAGGACGACGACGAGGACGACGAGGACGACGUCGAACCCAAGAAGCAGAAAACCGACGAUUGAUGCGUUUCCGCGCGGCGCCGACCUGCUGAACCACUUCCUGGUUCUUCACCUCUGACCUCUCUGACACGUCACAGGUGGAGGGGCGGGAGGACUGAUCUAAAG